GGCCCCCAAGGCUUUACCUUGCGCGACCCAGCUGUGGUCGCCGUUCUGCACAGGUCGACGUCGAACGAACGGGAACGCAGCUCACGCAACGAAACCGCGCGUUAUCUGGCGUCAUAUCUUCACGCACACGCUGUUUUCAUUGCUCUGACUCCCGACCCAUUCCUUUGACACGAUGAGCCCCCCGUAUACGAAGGAGCAGUAUGGCCGUGGCGCGCAAGCGCAAUCGGCCAGACGACCAUUCCUUGCCAUCUUUCAUUUUAAGCCUGCAAUGCCGUCCGUGGUCAAUGUAAUCAGAUUCUGCACUUUUGUCGUGGUUCUGAUGUGGACGGUGAUCUGCCUGGCUGUUGCUGCACAUUUCGAUAGCAUUCUUGUAUCGUCCGAGCUGACGCACUUCGUUCCUUUUGCAAUCUUUGUAUGCUCUGCAAGUAUUCUCAUCACUCUGGCGCUGUUUGGAUUUGGUCUUUGGAAAGAGCGGAGUCCCAUCUCAACGAGAAUUGAGUUGGCGUGUCUGGGAUUCGCAGGAGUGCUCUGGCUAGCCCUUUCCGCGUUUAUUGCUACCUCCGAUGCGGAGGACGCGGAUGUGGAAUGUUACUCAUCAGCCGAAUCUGACGAAGUCAUAUCGCUCCCUUCAUUCAACACCGAGAUCUAUCAAGCGCAAUACCGUGUCCUGGAGGCAUUUUCUUUCUUCAAUCUCAUCCUUCUUCUUGGUUUUUUCUUAUUCUUAUUGACCCUCGCUCUGCGGCAACACUAUCUUGGCAAGAGAGAAGUCUGGAUCACCCCGGUUACGGCCUACCCAUGGUUUGGUGGCUCAAACAAGCAGCCGAAGUUACCGCUACCGGUAACCUCGAAGUUGCGUUCGCAAUCAAGGCCAGCCAUGCAGGAGAACAAACGCUCGGAUUCCCAGCGCACUCUCGUUGGGAAGGCAUCGGAACCCAAACGCGAAUCUUGGCGAAUCAUCGACUUGAUUCGUCCCCUGGCGAAGCGCGACAACACCCAGCACACGAAGGUGUAUACUGGGGAUCCCUACUCUUCGCGCAUUCACCUGAAUCGCAAUGACUCGUCACGAACACAGGUCGAUCCCUACUCUUCGCGCAUUCACCUGAAUCGCAAUGACUCGUCACGAACACAGGUCGAUCGCCAGGAUUCCUCGCGUUCCAAUGUAUAUCGGAAGGAUUCCUCUCGCUCUCAUAUGGACAGACAAGACUCGUCGCGGACGGUGGUCAACCGACAGGACUCGUCGCGUACGCGGGUCUACCGACAAGAUUCCUCACGUUCACAGGUGAACAGACAAGACUCCGGGCGCUCGCAGCCGCGCCGGCAGGAGUCACGCUCUCGAGGUCGCCUACCGCAGACGACAGCAGAUGGACCGACGCGCAAUGAGGCGCCGACGUACGUCUACUGGCACCCGCACAAAGCGCCGGACCAAGCGCAUGUGCGGGAUACUCGGCCGAGAGACAGAUAUCACAGGGACGCAUCACCCCGGCGGUGAUGUGCGAUGAUGCUACGACUAGAUGGAGCAUGCGAGCAUGGCUCCGAUGCUAUUUAACGGCUGUAUUAUCACGGUGACGACUUGUAGCAGACAUACGAACGAUUGUACAACACCGCC